ACGGCCUGCGUUUCCGGGAGUGCGCCGCGUGGAGGUGUGCUGCUAGGGAGGCUUCAGUAUGGUGGGGUCUCCGUUCCCUGUCCCACCCGGGCAGAUUCUUUCGCUGAACCCGCAGGAAGACGUCCAGUUUCAGAAGGAGGUGCAGAACGUUCGCCAGCGCGUAACCCAGCAAAAAAAACAAAAAAAAUUUAUUCCUGGAGUAAUCUUUGUGGGCCACCUGCCUCCAGCACUUUAUGAAACCCAAAUCAAAGCAUAUUUCUCCCAGUUUGGCACUAUUACAAGGUUCAGACUAUCCAGAAGUAAAAGGACUGGAAAUAGCAGAGGUUAUGCCUUUGUGGAGUUUAAGUCUGAAGAGGUUGCCAAGAUAGUUGCUGAAACAAUGAAUAACUACCUUUUUGGUGAAAGACUCCUGGUGUGUCGUUUUAUGCCACCAGAAAAAGUACACGAAGAACUUUUCAAAGAGUGGAAUGUUCCGUUCAGUCAGCCAUCAUAUCCAGCUGUGAAGAGGUAUAAUCAGAAUCGGACAUUUAUUCAAAAGGUACGGAUGGAAGAGCGAUUUAAAAGGAAAGAAAAAUUGCUCAGGAAGAAAUUAGCAGCAAAAGGAAUUAAUUAUGAUUUUCCUUCAUUGGUUUUAUCCAAUAAGACCAAAGAGCCUUCAGAUAAACCUACGAAGAAGAAAAAGGGUUCAGGCAUACCAAAGAAGAAGAAAAGGAUUUCUAAAGGCACUGCUACUACUCCUGAGAAGUCUAUAGAUAGCCAGGGCCCCACACCAGUUUGUACACCAACGUUUUUGGAGAAACGAAAAUCUGAAGUGGCAGGAAUGGAUGAUGAUAAAGAUGAUGAAAUAGUUUUCAAGCAGUCCAUAUCUGGUGCAGAAGAAGGAGUACAAGAGACUCCAACACCUGGUGCAGAAGAAGGAGUACAAGAGACUCCAACACCUAAGCAGUCAGGGAAAAAAAGGCGAAGACAAAGAAAAACCAAGCAGUGAUUCUGAAUGUACUGUAUAUAUCUUUUGACAAAAUGUGAUGAUUUUCUUACAGUGACUGGCUAUAUUUUAUAAGGUAAAAUGAAAUGUAACCAUCUACAGACUCAAGAGAAAACAUGCUGUUUGGAAAGCAUUCAGUACUUUUGACCUUUUUGCCCUUGUUGAAGUACAGGGGUACAUCACAGCCUGCAGUGGUUGGGCUCACUGCCUUUUAAAAUGUCCUGGUCUCCACUUGUUUUCAGUUUUCUUAUCUCCUCUUUAUUUUGCCUGUGUUAAAGGGUCACUGUUAACUGUACAUUUAAGUACUAAUCUGCUGCCCUUUUUUUUUUAUCACCACUAAAUAAAGACAGUCAAUCCUGCUUA